AUGGGUCUUUUAGCAUUAGGAACUCCAUUGGAUUGGCCAGAGGCACAGAAAAAUGCAAACCAUGUCCGAGAAUGGGGGAUCAAGCAAUUGUUGAACAUCUGGAACAAAGCAAAAGGAAAGGAGAAGGAUGCACUGCUUUGGGGUGACGAGAUCGAAUAUCUAGUGGUGAAUUACGAGAAAGACAAGCCGGAAGUUACAUUAUCACUCCGCCAAGCAGACAUUCUACAUGCACUUGCCCAAGAUGAGAACUUAUGCUCCAGUGGUGGUUGUGUUCCCGCCUUGCAGGAUAUUGGCGGGAGUACCCUCCCCAUCUUCCAUCCAGAAUUCGGUCGUUACAUGUUGGAAGCUACACCAGGUAAGCCUUGGGGUAUUGGUUUCAAGGAUCUACUCGAUGUCGAGCCAAAUAUGAGACUAAGGCGAAAAAUUGCAAAAGAACAUAUGAACCCCGAAGAAUUUCCCAUAACUUUAACUACCUAUCCCCGCUUGGGAAGUCCAGGACAAUUUACAACGCCAUAUUACCCACCUUGUGGUGAGAAGCUCCGUUCUCAGUUUGUUCCUGAUGAGAUUGCAAACCCCCAUAUUCGCUUUCCUACCCUGGCAGCCAACAUUCGAUCUCGCAGAGGUAGGAAAGUUCAGAUAAAUGUUCCAAUUUUCAAGGACAAGAACACUCCAUGGCCGUGGAAAGACCCUACAGUCAAAUAUGAUCUACACAAAUACAAAGAAGAUGAUGACGUUCGAAAUGGUGCAUCGCCAGAUAACUUUAUUCACAUGGAUGCCAUGGCAUUUGGAAUGGGAAGCUGUUGUUUACAGAUCACAUUCCAAGCCAAGAAUAUAAACGAGGGCAGGCGAAUGUAUGACCAACUGAGUCCGUUAGGCCCAAUUUUGGUUGCUUUGACUGCAGCAACUCCUAUUUACAAGGGCUUCCUUGCAGAUACUGAUGUACGGUGGAAUCAGAUCGGUGCUGCUGUUGAUGAUCGGACGCCUGAGGAACUCGGGGAGAAGCCAUUGGAACAUAGCCGAUGGCGGAUACCAAAAUCUCGGUAUGCUACAAAUUCCACUUACAUAUCUGAUGAUCCUCGGUUGCGUAAAGAGUACAUGGACCAGAACCUCGUCAUCGAUCCCGACGUUAAGCAGCAGCUUAUGGAUGCUGGCAUGGACUCUCUUCUCGCAACUCACUUCGCCCAUCUGUUCAUCCGGGAUCCAAUUGUCAUCUUCGCCGAAGAUUUACAAGAACUGGAUCUCAGCAAGACAGAUCACUUUGAGAACCUCCAAUCAACAAACUGGCAACACAUCCGCUUCAAGCCUCCCCCAGCCAGCAAUGACAUCGGCUGGCGUGUCGAGUUCCGACCUAUGGAAAUCCAGAUAACUGAUUUCGAGAACGCCGCAUUCUCGGUAUUUAUGGUUUUGAUUACCAGAGCAAUUCUAAGUUUUGACUUGAACUUCUACAUCCCUAUCUCCAAAACAGACGAAAACAUGAGUACAGCACAUAAACUUGAUGCGGUGCUGGAAGAAAAGUUCUAUUUCAGGAAGAACCCCUUCCCAACGAGAUCCCCAAGACCGUAUUCGUCAAACGGAGCUUGCUCUGGCACCGCUAGUCCCGCAAUACUGAGUAGGCCACCGACGCCGAGUGGACCUGUCGAGGAUGAGUACGCGUUGAUGGGCAUCGAUGAGAUUAUGAAUGGCAGCAAGGGUGAUUCUACCAAUAAUUUCCCUGGACUCAUACCACUCGUGGAAAGCUACUUGGAUAGUAUGAACGUGGAUGUUGAGACGCGCUGUGAACUCGCUGCCUAUAUCACCUUAAUCCGGAAGCGGGCAGAUGGAACUCUCUGGACGGCCGCGAAGUGGAUCCGCCAUUUCGUACAGGGGCACGAGGAGUAUAAGGGUGACAGUGUUGUUGGGGAGAAGAUCAAUCACGAUUUGAUCGGUGCUGUCAUUGCCAUCGAGAACGGUGGGAGACAGGGCGUUAGGGACGUGGAGCAAUUUCUAGGCCCUGCUGUUAAACCUUGUGGGGAUUAG